GCUUCAUCGGCGUGGAGACCUUCGCCAGCCUCGUGCACAGCCACGAGCUGCCCCUGGACCCCGCCAAGCUGGACAUGCUGGUGGCCCUGGUGCAGGGCAACGACGAGGGCCAGGUCUGCUAUCAGGAGCUGGUGGAUCUGAUGAGCAGCAAGCGCUCGAGCAGCUUCAAGCGGGCCAUCGCCAACGGGCAGCGCGCCCUGCCGCGCGGCGUGCUGCUCGACGAGACCGGCCUGGGCAUCUACAAGCGCUUCGUGCGCUACGUGGCCUACGAGAUCCUGCCCUGCGAGAUGGACCGGCGCUGGUACUUCUACCAGCACCGAACCUGCCCCCCGCCCGUCUUCAUGGCCGCCGUCACGCUCACGCAGAUCAUCGUGUUCCUGUGCUACGGGGCCCGGCUGAACAAGUGGGUGCUGCAGACCUACCACCCCGAGUACAUGAAGAGCCCGCUGGUCUACCACCCCGGGCACCGGGCCCGCGCCUGGCGCUUCCUCACCUACAUGUUCAUGCACGUGGGGCUGGAGCAGCUGGGCUUCAACGCCCUGCUGCAGCUCAUGAUCGGCGUGCCGCUGGAGAUGGUGCACGGCGUCCUGCGCAUCGGCUUCCUCUACCUGGCCGGCGUGCUGGCAGGCUCCCUCACCGUCUCCAUCACGGACAUGCGGGCGCCGCUGGUCGGCGGCUCCGGCGGCGUCUACGCGCUCUGCUCUGCCCACCUGGCCAACGUCGUCAUGAACUGGGCGGGCAUGCGCUGCCCCUACAAGCUGCUCCGCAUGGUGCUGGCGCUCGUGUGCAUGAGCUCGGAGGUGGGCCGCGCCGUGUGGCUGCGCUUCUCGCCGCCGCUGCCGGCCUCGGGCCCCCAGCCCAGCUUCAUGGCCCACCUGGCGGGGGCCAUCGUGGGCAUCAGCAUGGGGCUCACCAUCCUGCGCAGCUACGAGGAGAGCCUGCGCGACCAGUGCGGCUGGUGGGUCGUGCUGCUCUCCUACGGCACCUUCCUGCUCUUCGCCGUCUUCUGGAACAUCUUCGCCUACGACCUGCUGGGCGCACAGAUCCCGCCGCCGCCCUAGCGCCGCCCCGCCGGGCCCGGCCCGGCCCGCUGCCCCAGCCGCCGCCGCCUCUUCCUCCUCCGCCGCCUCCUCCUCCUCCCCGCGCAGCCGGGUCUCGCCCCCUUCCCCGCCCCCGGACCCAACCGGGCCGCCCCGCGGGAGCUGCGCGCGCUUCUCCGGGCCGGAGCGGGGCCCAAGCAGGAGCGAUUUAUUUUUCUACGCCAAAAAGUUAAAAAAAAA